AUGAACGCUUGGAAGGACGAUCCUAACGGUUCACAAAUCGGACAGAGUGCCCCAGUUUCCGACGUUCCGUCCCAGGCAACCCAAACGGACGCCAGUGAACUCUCGGCCACCGAACCCCUUCGAGGUCGGACCUUACAAUGGUGGCAGCGAACAAGCCGAGCCCGCAACCUAAAAACAGUACAACAAACCCAGUUCCGUCGUCUUUUAAACCCUAUGACGGGAGUAAAGAUUUUUCGUGCUGGCUUCGCCGCCUUAAAUUCCACCUAGACGAUGUUCCACAAAACGAACGCAGCCGUACUGUACUUCAACAUCUGGCAGACGACCAGAUGGACAAGGCACUAGAUGCCGGCCUCACCCGCCACACCCCUUUCCAGGUGCUGUGCGACCAAUUGCAGAGGCUUUUCCAACCCCGAUUGACCAUCGAAGAAGCCCUUGAUCAGCUAUUAAAACGUUCCUUAAGGAGCGAUGAGACCCCUCGGCAGUUCGCCGACGCCUUACUCCGGCUCGCACGCGACGCCUACCCCUCACUGUCAGCGGCCGAUAGAGACCAAGUGGUCCUUUACCACUUCAAACGAGGUCUCGGGUCCCAGGAGGUGACGUAUUCCCUGAGGAUUCAGCCACCAGGCGACCUCAACGAAGCCAUCCAGCGGGCAUCCCGCAUGCUAACAACUGAUGCCCCAACAGGCGAUGAUCACUCUUGGGCUGAACCAUGGAAAUCCACGCCAGACCGCAGGCAACAGAACAACACCUGGACCAGACCGCACUACCAGCCUUCACAGCGAUUCAACCGCGGCAGCCGACCCUCCAAGUUCCGCACGCCCUAUGGACCCCCACCGCUCAACACUGGGCCAAGACAAUUCCGGGGAGAUAGAGACAGUACUGCGGCGGCGAUUACCAAGGAAGGUAACCACAUCAUUCCCGUCUGCUUUGAUUACACGUCACAUAGUUUACCGUUUUACACGACGAUUUAUCUAGACAACAAACCCAUUAAGGCCCUAGUCGACACAGGUGCCACCACGUCGUUAGUUCGGGCAGAUGUACUAGACUCUAAGUGGCUUAACCUCGCCAGACAAAGCGGUCGCUCACCACAACUCAAAACCGCAGACGGGUCACCCAUGACCACGUUAGGGAUGGUUCGACUGCCCAUCUCCUUUCCAACCAGCGUUAAGGAACAAGCUUUUUCGUCACUCACAGGAUGUCGUGGGACAUGAUACUCGGCCUAGAUUUCCUUUCUGCGCAUAACUGUUGUAUUAUGGUCAAAGAUCGUAUACUAUCCUUAGGGCAUAAGUCACCGCCUUACCACCCAACAGCCGCCGAGUUUGACGAAGAAGCCACCUGCGCGGCCAUCGCAGCGUCGGUAGCCUUACCACCCAUAAGUGUAGACACGGUCUUACCCUCAGAGGAUACGGUCGCCCUUACCGACAAGGAGGAAUUGAAGUCACUUCUGACGGCAUUUAGCGAUGUUUUCGCAUGGGAUGAUACCUCCUUAGGUCGCACCGCUGUCAUCCGUCACAGCAUUGACACUGGCACGUCGAAACCUCUGUGGCAACCACCACGCCGCAUUCCACCACACUUUCAGAAGGAGGUGAGCGAUCUAAUUCAAACGAUGCUGACCACAGGGAUAAUCCGCCCCUCCAAGUCGCCGUGGGCAUCGCCAGUCACAUUAGUGCCCAAAAAAGACGGCAAACUCCGAUUUUGUAUAGACUAUCGACGACUUAAUGCGGUCACCACUCGUGACUCUUUCCCACUUCCAAGAAUUGAUGUUACACUCGAAGCGCUUGCCGGAGCCCAAUGGUUCUCAACUUUGGACCUGAAGUCCGGUUACUGGCAAGUUGAAGUGGAACCCAAAGACCGCCCAAAGACAGCGUUUAUACUACCACAAGGGCUGUUCGAAUUCGAAACAAUGCCGUUCGGACUUUGCAACGCAGCCGCCACCUUCCAACGACUGAUGCAGUCCGUCCUGGCUCACUUAUACCCUCACAGCUGUUUGAUAUACCUCGACGACGUGAUUGUGUUUGGACGCACGGCCCAGCAACAUAAUGCUAACCUCGCCGCAGUGCUCUCUGCUCUCCGCGACGCCGGUUUGCGUUUAAAUCCACAAAAGUGCAAGUUUCUGUGCCGGAAGGUCACAUUUCUUGGUCACGAAGUCAGCCCGCAAGGCAUACAGGCGUCGCAGGAAAAAGUAGAGGCAGUCAGAUCAUGGCCUACGCCAAAGACCCCAACAGAAGUCAGAGGCUUCCUAGGCCUGGCCUCCUACUAUCGCCGCUUCAUCAUCCACUUUGCGGAGCUCGCACGCCCCCUCCAUCGGUUGACCGAAAAAGGUCGCUCAUUCACAUGGUCCGACGAUUGUCAACAGGCCUUCAAUGAGUUAAAGGCAAAACUCACUUCGGCGCCGAUAUUAAUGCUACCUGACACGAGUCCUGAGGCCCCUCCCUUCAUACUCGAUAGCGAGGCCAGCGGGUUUGCGAUCGGAGGUGUACUCUCACAAGCCGACGAGACAGGAGCCGAGCGACCGAUUUGCUUUGCGAGCAAAACUCUAUCGAAGCCCGAGCGAAACUACUGCACCUACAGACGAGAAUUGUUAGCGCUGAUCACGUUUAUCAAACAAUUCAAACCAUUCCUAGUGGGAAAGCACUUCAUUGUCCGCACCGACCACAAGGCCUUACAGUGGUUACAAAACAUGAAAGAAGCUGAAGGCCAGCUUGCGAGAUGGCAGGAAUUGCUGCAGGAAUUCCAUUUCACUUGUCAAUAUCGACCAGGCCACCAACACGCCAACGCGGACGCCCCCUCUCGCCGCCCAAGUGAGGCCGGCACAGCAGACCCAGAAGUAACAGACGAACACAUAGCGGCGGUUACGAUCAGCGAAUCCACUCGUUAUCAUUGGGCAGUGGCACAAAGUACCGAUCCGGACACCGCAAUAAUUUACGACCACCAGUUGCAUGGUCGACACAGACCAACAGAGGUCGAACUUCGCGGCUCCUCGGAGAUUGCCCGCCUCUUGUGCCACCAAUGGGCCAACCUGUUCGUUGAGAAUGAACUACUCUUCUUUAAAGACGCAGCCUCCACCCAUCCGCGGUUAGUUGUCCCGAGUAGCCUAGUCAUGCCUGUCCUCACAGACUUACACCACGAGUUGGGACACGUAGGAGUGACCAAAACAGAAGCGGCUGCUAGGCAGCGCUUCUGGUGGCCCCGCCUCAGAGAGCAAGUCACCAACUUCUGUAACGCGUGCCCCAUCUGUGCCUCCUUCAAGGGCACCAUCCCACGAAAUCGUGCACCCCUACAGCCUAUGCUUACAGGCUUUCCAGUUGAGCGGGUGGGCGUAGACAUAGUCGGCCCGUUGCCUUACAUAACUUCCGGCCAUCGCUACAUCUUAGUGUUGGUAGAUUAUUUUACGAAGUGGGCUGAGGCCAUCCCCUUACAUCGACAAGAUGCAGCCUCGGUCACCAAUGCGCUGCUAAAGGAAUGGGUCUGUCGAUACGGAGCACCCUUUUCACUUCACUCCGAUUGCGGAGCCAACUUCGAAAGCCACCUUCUACGCGAAGUCUGUGACCUGCUCCUCAUCCACAAGACUCGAACUACACCAACCCACCCAGAGGGAAAUGGCCAGGUGGAGCGUACAAAUCGAACCAUCAUUAAUAUCCUGAAGGCGUUCGCCGAGGACCACCACCCACACGAUUGGGACGUGAAAUUACACUUCGCCAUGAUGGCCCACAGAGCCGCCAUUCACUCUUCAACAGGCCACGCCCCAUUCUAUAUGUUGACCGGCCGCCAAUUCCGACUACCGGCGGACUCGAACGUCCCGGCGCAACAACCGACGGCCUAUACAACCGACAACUACGUGAUAGAGCUACAGGAGCUACUAAGACUCACGCACAACCUGGCCCGCACACAACUCCGCAACGCUUGCGACAGACAAAAGACUUAUUUCGAUCGACGGGCACACGGGCUUCCUUACCACAUCGGCGAUUUAGUGCUCCGUUAUCGGGCGGUUCCGCCUGUUGGCACACCGGCCAAAUUCUUCCAUCCUUGGGAAGGACCGUUCGUGGUCGCCGACGUCAUUUCGCCCGCUACUUACAUUAUCCGCGACGCCCUCACCCACGCCGGCCCCACCUUCACUGUACACUUCGAUAAGUUAAAACCUUACCACGGCAGUCUCCCCGUCGCGUCCCACGAUACCCUACCCAUUCUCCCUCCCCAUUUAGUCCCCUCGCCUACCGACGAAGUGGAAGUUCCUUCCGACCCACACCCCCCACCAGGCCCCGCGGACGGGGCACUGCCUAGAGGGGGGGGGCAGUUGUAG